UUGUGUGGCUCUAUUAUUUUGGGAGUCUCUAUAUGGAUACGCGUUAGCAAAGGUGCUCAGCAGGAGCUGGAGAUAGACAGCAGCGUAUUUGCAGGGGUUGAUCUGCUGAUAGCCGUGGGCUCCAUCAUUAUGGUCCUUGGGUUUCUGGGAUGCUGUGGUGCCAUAAAGGAGAGUCGGUGCAUGCUGAUGUUGUUUUUUAUUGGACUGCUUCUGAUCCUGAUCCUUCAGGUCACAGGAGGUAUUUUAGGAGCAGUCUACAGAUCUCAGAUUGGACCAUCCCUUAACCUCACUCUCCAGGUGAGCAAGGAUUUAUUGCAAGACACUACAGGAGAACAUAAAGAGUUUCAAAAGAAUAUCCAGAGGUUCCAGAGAACGGGCCAGUGCUGUGGUUUGUUGAAUGGACCUGAAGACUGGGGAAAAAAUUUUAAUACUCCUCUUGGUGGCUAUGAUAUCUGUGAAUGUGAACAAAAGGACAUAUCAACAGAACUCUGCAUUAUGCAUGGAGACAGGCAUAUUUAUAAAACACCUUGUGGAGAAGUGAUUAGCAAAUAUCUUAAAGACCAUCUGCUUAUAAUUAUUGGGAUCGCCUUUGGAAUGGCCGCUAUUGAGAUUCUUGGUUUGGUGUUUUCUAUGAGCCUCUACUGCCAGAUCAAGAGAAAAUGA